UGAAAACCUAUUUAAUUUUUUCGGUUCUUCGUACCCGGGUCUCCUGGUCGCGAGUUCGAAUCGCUCCAAGAUGGACGACUCGACAAAUAUGCGUCCCCGCAAGUCCAGAAGCUCCAAGCUAUUAUCUUUAUUUUGCUGCUUUUCCGGCUCGGAUGAUUCUACGGCUGAGCGCUCUCUACUGAAGAAGCCGUCGUGGUUUCACAAGGUCAGGAGGUCGAAUUCGGGGCCCGACAUGGAUGCAGAUUCUCACAAAUGGUGGCGCAACGGCUGGAAUAGCGUCAGGCGUGCCGGCGAAUGGUCUGAAACCCUAGGUGAGGAUUACGCCGGGGGUUGCUGCAGCAGGGCCAAAUGGAAGCACUUUGUUCGGCGUUGCAAAGCCGACGGGAAAACGAUCUACGAUUCGAAGCCGAAGAAAUUUCAUUACGAUCGAAUGAGUUAUCAGCUCAAUUUCGAUGAAGGCCGUGAGGAUUUUCAGGACCAGCUGUUCUUGCCUGAAAAUACAGAAGCAUGAAUGAUUGAAACCCUAAGGAAUUUGAACUCAAGAUCGCGCAUAUAUGUAUUUAUACCGUAUACAUCUCUGAUUUAGGUCGAAUGUCCAUUGAUGCUAUUCUUUCUACAGGGAUUUUUUAAAAUACAAAUAUAGAUUUGUUUUGCAGUUUA